CCCAAACGUAGCUUCCACUCAGCUUAUCACGCUUCACACGAACCUGUCGCUCGUAUUCGACUUGCACAACAUACAUCAAUAUAUAUAUCCGAAUACCAUGUAUGCUCCUCAAACAACGAACUAAUCGUCCAAAAUGUCUGCGUCCCAACCGACGUUCGUGAUCCCACACAUCCACAGUCUGCUCACCCAGUACUUCUAUAUCGUCCCGCCCGCCGUCUUAGUAUGCUACAUCCUUUACCAACGCCUCUUCCACCCUCUCGCCCGCAUCCCAGGGCCCUUCCUCGCCUCCCUAACAAACUGGUGGUACGUCCAUGCCACCCGCACCGAGACCUGGCACCGCAUCGUCGUCUCCCUACACGAGAGAUACGGUCCCAUCGUGCGCAUCGCGCCCAAUGAAGUCUCCGUCAGCACGCCCAAAGCCGUCCGCCAGAUCUACCCCGUGAGCAGCUCCGCGUUCCCCAAAUCAGAUUGGUACAGCGUUUUCCGGGGAACGAGGAAGGUGGAUCUGUUCGCGGGGCAGGAUCAGCGGGCGCAUGGACAGCACAGGAAGAUGGUAGCGAGGGCGUAUGCGAUGGACACGCUUAAGGAUUUGGAGCCGUAUGUGGAUUAUUGUCUAGGGAUGUUGGUGGAGCAGUUGGAUAGGAACGUGGGGCAGAAGGUGGAUAUGGCGAAGUGGGUGCAUUUGUUUUCAUUUGAUGUCAUUGGCGAGAUCACUUGGUCUGCGAACUUCGGCUUCCUGACUGCAGGCGUGGACGAUGGCACUUUCAACACGAUUCGUGCUAUGGGUAGGUCAGGCAGCUGGCUCGGCCACGUCCCGUACGUAUUUCGCAUGCACGAGCUCUUGAAGCCUUACAUCGGCAAUUGGCUCGGCAUUAACAACCGUCACGGUGCAAUACGGGACUUCGCGAUGCGCGAGACAGCCCGGCGAUUUGAGAACCCGGGCGGCAAGAAAGACCUCAUCAACCGCUUCUUUGAUGCCCACGAGAAGAAUCCCGAGGAGUUCACGUACACGGAUGUGAUUAGCAUGGGAACCACCCAGGUUAGUGCAGGAAGCGACACGACCGCAGUGAGCAUCCGUGCCAUCAUAUACUAUGUGCUACAGAGUCCCUCUGUCAAGGCGAAACUCAUUGCUGAGAUUGAUAAAGCGAAACGCAAGGGCGAGCUGAACAAUCCUGUAAAGCAUGAAGAGGCGGCGAAGCUGAAGUAUCUACAAGCAGUCAUUAGCGAGAGCUUAAGGGUGCACCCAGCGAUGGCGGUGAACCUCCCUCGUGUGGUUCCAAACGGAGGUGCGAAAAUCGAGGGGCAUUAUCUUCCUGGGGGAACGGUCGUGGGUAUGAGCGCCUGGGCCGUGCAUAAAGAUAAGGAAGUGUAUGGUGAAGACGCAUAUGCUUUUCGGCCUGAGAGGUGGCUAGAAAAAGACACGACCGAUAUGAAUCGGUGUCUCCUCACGUUUGGUGCAGGAUCCCGAGCAUGCUUAGGACGCAAUAUGGCCGCACAACAGAUGUCGAAAAUUAUACCAACUUUGUUCUUGAACUACGACAUGGAGCUUGCGGAUCCGGAGAAAGAUUGGAGGGUAGAGUGCUUGUUGUUUGUGGGCCAAUAUGAUAUGGACGUUACCUUUAAGCGAAGACAAGAUUACUGGUAGUGAUCUUAUGAUGUGGAAACAGUAUUUGCAGAAAGGCAACUAUUCAAGAAGACAUAUUUCGGGCCAUCGAUAUCGGCUUUGGAAAUUUGAGUUUGCGGGGCUGGCAGGUCCUGCGCAAAUAUUGUAAACCUGCAAGUAUGGAUUCAUUGGGAGGCCUGGACCACGGAGGGUCCUGCACUGAUGUGGCGUCGGCAGGCAUGAAUGGUCCUCGUGACAGAUCUAUCAAUGCUAUGAUCAGUAAACACAUUGGGCAAAAAUCAGUAGCAUCGGUUAUUGAUCGGCAG